ACUGGCUGGUAAUCUUGCGAAAUUUGUUUUGCUUUUUGGUGCCGCUUGAACGUAUAUUUACAUUUACUAGCCGGUUAAAACAAAUAAAUAAGACAUAAUUGAGACAAUGAAAACCUCGGGCGCCGGUAAUCCCGACGAGGUGAACAAGUCUACGCACAACAAGGUUAGCAAAAAGUCCACAAAGUCGCGCUCCAAGUCCGCGAAAUUGGAGUUGUCUGGAAAGAAUUCCAUAUCCACAUCCGCAUCUGGCACUUCUGCAUCAGCAGUAGCCGGGGGCGUGGCUGUGGGCAGCCUGCCGGCCACGCCCACCCACCUUAACAUGGUGACAACGCCCACGACGCCAACAUCGAGUCUGGGUAACUACAAUCUAUUUGAUGCUUCCUUUGCGGUAGCAGGAGGUGGUGGCCAUGGAAUCCAAGGUGGCAUCGCAGGAGCGGAGGCCUCUGGGAACUCCAGUCGAAUGGGCCAUCAGAAAAGCUAUGCCGGCUUCGAUCCCCGGAGCAUAAAAAUAUUUUGGGAGCAGCAUGAUCAAACGGAUGUAGAACUGUCCCAAGAUGUGUGCGCCAAGCUGGCGGAGGAUGCCUCCUACAAAAUCUGGGAACUGAUUAAUAAUGUCAAGAUAUAUUCCCGCCAUUCGGGUGGAGUUGUUACCUACGAUCUGGUAAAUGAGGUGCUCAAGGAUGCCGAUGUGCCGCCUAUGCUGGGGGCAAUGGACAGCGAUUGGGAUCGCAUCGACUACGACGGCAGUUUUUACUUCCACUCGGACAAGAUCUUUGAACUGAGCGCCGAGUUUCAAAAGGAAAUCAAUCUCCUCGCACCCGAUGAUGCGGAUUUUCAUAGCAUCUGCCCCGUGGAAGAUAAGCACACGAAUCAGUUGAGGCAUUGUGUUCAGAGCCUAGUUACUGCUGCUCUUUUUGCCGACUCCAAGUCCCAGACGGCUGCCAUCUGCCAUGCCUUCCAAACGCCCCUGAUGGGCUCCAUUUACCGGGUGAUUGUAAGCAAGAUGGUCCAGCUGCUGGCCUUCAAGCAGCAGGAUCAGUUGAGCCAACGAUGCUGGCGAUUGCUUCGUGCUUGCAACUUUAACUCCUCGGCCAAUCACAAUGCCUGCCGGGCGGAGUAUUUUAACCUGGCCGAGGUGCUCGUCAGCCAACUGAUGGCGCCCUACGAGACCAUCAAGGCGCCACCCGAGGGUCCAGAUCCCGCGGAACAGACCACCAUCAAAAUGGAAUUUGAAGAGCAGCUUAAGAUUGAGCCAGAACCGUUGCCCAAUCCUGAUAAUCCCAUUCCCGUGGAGGCAGAAAAGCCCGAACAAGAUCCUCAGAUGUUUCCCAGCGAAAGUACCCAGGAACACACUAUAUACAGGCUGCAAACGGAGGAGGAAGAGCGGAAUCCUCAACCGGAGACCGAACACCUGUCCACCUAUUUUGCCAGUCCAGUAGGCAACGGCCUGGUGGAUGAACUUUGCGAAACUAUGGGACAGUUGGCCUCCCAGAGUGGUUAUAUGCAAGCAGAGUGCCUCUUCCUGAUCAAACGGCGCUUGGCGAGGUUCUUCGAUGGUCGCAAUAUUUGUAGUGAGAGGGACUUCAAGUACAUCAGCAGAGCAGUACGUGGACUAAUCGCCUUGGGGGAGUAUGCCUUUCGGGAGUUUAUCCCCUACAUCUACAAACUACGCGUCGAGGAAAUCCCGGAUAGCUUGUGGCAGGAUAUGACCCCGGCUGCCAUCUUCCUCGGCGGCCAGGAUGACAUAUAUCUGUACGAGUGGCUGGAGCAUGGUUGCGGUGCUGCUUUGCAACCUUUCCUGGUGCACUAUGCAAGAGCCUACGAAAAGAUGGUCACCAGGCGGUACGUGCGAGUCAAACGUCCGGCUUAUAGAAUAGAAUCAUUACCAGGAGUGCGUAGACUGGAAUGGAGCACUCUCGCUGCGGCCAUGUGUCAUGGUGAUGAUCCUAGCAAAGCGCUCAAGCCAAAGCCCACUCUUGGCGAGGCAUUCCCCGACCUCCAUCCACCAAAUCUGCAAAUCAAUUGCGCGGGCAACAUCCGCUUUAAGUUUGCCGGCUGCCGACCGAUGCUGCUCAAGCCGAAGGUUUCCAAUGUUCCGCAUUCUGUGGACUCGCCCUCAUCCACAGCGAACGGUGGUGCAGGUGGUGGUGCCAGCUCCGAUAUUCUCAUCGCCAAGCGAAAGCUUUUUAAGCCGUUGACGAACGUUAGAAGAUAUCCGCCCAUCAGCGGCUAUCACUACCUGAGGAUCUGAACCGGGUUGUGAAGGAGUAUCAAUUUACCUUCUGGGCGAUCCAGAAGGAGACCUGGGGAUCUCAAUAAAACUAUACUUUUACUUUAA